UCUGUGCGCCCCUGAACUCUCGCGGACCUGGGUCUCUCCAACUCUCUGACAGACGGACGGAGCGGAGCGGAGCGAGUGCGCUGCACUGAUAGCCUAGGCUACACCUUUUGGUUUUCGGGUGGACGCUAAACUCUGCUUCCUCACAAGAAAAAGGGUUUGAAUAGUUUUUGGGGCUUUGCACGGAGAGACACGCCGACAAAGUGGAUAAAAAAGUUUGGGAAGAAGCUGCUCGAGCGCAUUCCCGGCGGACUCUGGAUUACUUUACCAAGAGUUUUAGGCUGACGUCACCAUGCUGCCCUACUUCCUGCUCUUCUUCCUCUCAUCUGGUGUGGUGUUAUCCUCUGACUGCCCAGGCGAAUGUUCCUGCCAGACCCAGGGCUCGAUAUUCUGCAUUCAACGACGCUCCAGCACUGUGCCUCAUGUCCCCACCGCCACCCAACAUCUAUACAUCUUCCAGAACGGCAUCAACACUUUGUCUCAAGAUGACUUCAAAGGCCUGGGGGAGUUGGAGUUGCUAGAUCUGAGCCAGAAUGAGCUGGCAGAGAUUCCAGACAGUGUGUUUGAGAUGCUCUCAAAACUGAAGAACUUAGACCUGUCCACCAACCGCAUUACCCACAUUUCCAAAGGCAGUUUUUCUGGGUUGGUCCAGCUGGAGAGGCUGUAUCUCCAUGCAAACAACAUUCAGAGCAUACAUUUGGAAGCUUUUGAGAGUUUAGAGAUGCUACUGGAACUCAAGCUCCAAGGGAACCAGCUCACCUCGCUGCCAUCUCUUCAUUUCCCCAGGCUUCUGCUUCUAGACCUCAGCUACAACACCAUCCCAACUCUGGGACCCUCAGACCUCCAGACUCCCCACCUGGAAGCCCUUAAGGUGGCCUCUCUGGGGCUUACCUCUCUGGAUGAAGAUCUCAUAGCCUCUCUGGGGAACCUCCAUGAGCUUGACAUCUCCACAAACCAGUUAACUGAGGUACCCCAGGCCCUAAAGCAGGACUCCCUCAAGGGGCUGAUCAAGCUCAGCCUGGCUGCCAACCCAUUGGGCGAGCUCAAGGUGGAGGACUUCCAGAAACUAAGUGGACUUCAAGAACUGGAUCUCAGUGGUCUUAAUAUUCAAGUAUUUUCACAGAGUUUUUUCCAGAACUUCCCUAGGUUAUUGCACCUGACAGCAGCUGAGAACCCAUUUAAUUGCAUGUGUCCAUUAGCUUGGUUCCAUGUAUGGCUAAAAGAGAAGGCUGUGAAUCUUGGGAGGCCUGAGGAAACCAGAUGUCACUUCCCUUUAGUUAAUGCUGGGAAGAUGCUUUCAGAACUGGAGCACAAAGAUUUUGGGUGUCCACCCACCACAACAGUGCUGAUUGGCUCCCCAAUUGGAAGUACUCCUGUUACCCUGACGCCCACCACAUCUCCAGAAACCAUUCAUACCAACGCCAUUCCUCCUCCUCCUCCACCCAGUGAGACAACCGUCUCCUCAAAAACAGACAGCCCUCUCUCACCAGAACCUCCAGUCUCCCCAAGCUCCACCAGCGGGGAGCUAGGGGAGCACAUCUGCCCACCGAACAUCUGCCUCAAUGGGGGCACUUGUAAUUUUGACCCAUUAGGUCAACUCAGCUGUACGUGUCUGUCGGGAACCUCUGGCCUCUACUGUGAAAAUUUGGAGGAGGUUCCUGAGCCACCGAAACCGUCAGCAGAGGUUUUGAUAGUUACCCAUGUGAUGCCCACUGAACUUGAUGCUAUCAGCUCACGGCAGGUAACAUCCACAUCUAUUCUUCUUGACCUGCACCGUUUCAUCGAGACACGGCCACAUAUCCGUGGCAUCAGGUUGACCUACCGUAACCUCUCUGGGCCUGACCGCCGCCCCAUUAUCCUGAGUGUACCGGCAUCCUACCCUGAGUACACUUUGCGUGGUUUGAAACCCAACUGUACCUACUCGGUCUGUGCCAGUCCCCUGGGUGAAAGAAUCAACUCUAGGGCCAACAGCUCUGUGGAAACAGGGUCUUGUACAGAGGCUCGCACUGAAGGGGUUCAAGUGCCAUCUUCAGCGUCCAGGGUGGAGACACAGAGCCCGCUGACAUACACUCUCAUCCUCGCCCUAGCUGCACUGGCCCUGGUGCUGGGGUUGGCUGUCGUGGCGGGGACAAUCAUCUGUGUCCGAAAAAGAAGACAGGCAAAGGCAGGAAAGGAGCUGGAGCUGGGCCCAGCAGAUCCUGAUCCCAUGGAACUGGAGGGGAUCAAGGCCAGCAUGGAGAAUGGGGGAAAUGGUACACUACCCCACAAACAGACUGAGAUUGACCGCUGUCACACUCCUCAGCCGCCUUCAUCCUUGCAACAAAAUGAGGGUUUGGACUAUGAAGUAUCCUUGAUGCAAGGACACUGCCCAUCAAAUAACAAUCUAACAUCCUUAAAGCCAUCUUAUUUCUAAGAUGCAAUAAAAUACUAACACUUCCUUGAGAGAGUGGGCUUGCCCAUCAGAACUUGAGAGAUCCUGCUAUGGCUUACUUAGUGGUUAAAAAUCUAAUUUUCAUUCCAAUUUCAGAUAUCAACAAUUUGAGAAGUGGCGCUUACUAGCCUUUGUUGUCCAAAUGAUAACACUACGGACUGGAUCAUCUAUUUUAGAGAUACUGAAUGAUGAAUUUAAGAUUACAGCAUAUUGGAAAUGUGCUAAACCACAGUGGGGCUAUGAUCAGGAUGUGGUUUAAAGUCAUCUAGCAGAGUUUGAUGGUGGUGAAACCCAACCAAGUAAUAUAAACUAAGUGCAAUUGACUAAAAGGGUCCUAGUAGCAGACUAAAUACAGAAGUGUCUUUUUGCAUUGACGCAACUGUCACCAGUGGCUCAUUUAAAAUAAAAAUAAAAAUCUUUGUUUAUAUAAAAUAAACUAUACAAAUGAGCUGUAAUCCUGCUGCUGGAUUUGGGAGAUACAGUUUGGAGAAAAGUGCCCCAGUGUUUGGACAAUAAAAAUGGAGGAAGUGACCGGGGUUUAAAUAAAAAACAGCGAUGCAGAUGUGUGAUGCCUGGACCACACGCCCCGGUACGAAAUGGGUUUUUUGACCAACCACUCCAUUGGGAUUAUGAAUCUAACUUGCACUGAAAAGAAAUACUUCUUUUCCUUUCCAGUGUCCCAGUCACAAACUGCCACAAGACUGAUGAUGGUCACAUAAAGGAAUGCAAUAACACAAAAACUUUGAAAAAAUACAAAGCUAGUAAUAGGUUGAUGACCGUAAAAGCUGUCUAUACUUCAUAUAUUGCUGUUGACAAUAUCUAAUCUGAAACAAAACCUUUAAAUUUCUUCACAUGUGGAGUUGGAUUCUUCAGUGUCAACAGAUUUACCAUAAUUCUCUCCACACACCCUGAAGCUUUUGGCUUCGUAGGAGAUGAAUUUGCUGUGAAAGAUAAAUGGACUGAAUAAGGAGCCAUUGAGAAUGGACUUUGCCUGCAUUGUUCUGUGCCGUGAUGGGAAGGCUGUUUUGGCGAACUUAUAUCAUGAUAUUUUGUUUUGGUCAUGUUUUUUGUAUUUUAAUCAUGUUUUUGCUGUUGAUGUCCCUUAAGUAUUGCUAUGGUUGCUAGAUGAAACAUGAAUUGUUUUCCCUUGAAAACACCUGCUUAUGUCAUCAGGAAUUAUAUCCUUUUUUAAUUUUUAGCUGACACGUAGCUAAAACCUUAUAGAGAUACUUGCAGUGUGUGCAAAGUAAAUGCUAGCUUAGGUUCUUGAGCUAAAAUGACUAAACACAACCAACAAUAAUCAAAUAUCUAAUGAAGCUUCAAUUUAAAGAUUUAAUUAAAAUGGUCAUCUUUACAUCAUUCACAGAAUGCCUUUGUAUGAGGUUCGCCAAAAUGCGUCUGAGGAACUCACCAAGUGAAUGUAACUAUAAAGUGUAUUAAGUGUCCGACACUUUAUUUUCUCUGCCAGGUCUGCCAAUGCUACAUAAAUGACAAGCCACAGACUGUUUUUGAAAGCCAAAGCUGUCAAAAUUCUGUUCAAAGGCCUAUUGCCGCAGAACCCACUGAUUUAAAGCAGCACACGCGUGCAGAGAAAAGAAAAGCAAGUUCAAAGGGCUUGAAGGAAAUUUGCUGUGAGUGUCAGUGAGUUUUAGGCACUAGUUUCCUCUUGGCGCUGCUGACUGAACCGUUUCUGAGAUAUGGUCUAGACCGUGUCCCCCUAAAGCUCUUCUCACACACCCUCUCACUGGCUACACUCUAACCAUCCAGUGUGUUUUGGUCAACAAGGAUUAUAGGCAUGUGUGUGUGUUUGGUGACUGUUUUGCUUGUUUACCGCCAACCAGACUGUGAAAUGCACAGGCUAAGUGCACCGUUCUGAUGUAUUUGUUCUGUAUUUCCUCUCUGGGCCUGGUAAUGUCACAAGCUUUUAGUAUUACUUUUUGCAUAUUUAUCUUCUCUUUUCAUGAGAAAGAAUCUUAAAUGGCAAAGUAUAACCGGUUUACAGAGAAGUACCUUAGCAACAUUCGUGCAGAGCCUUUGUGACAUCUUGUGGUGUCAUAUUACAUGCUGAUGUGUAUUUCAAGAAAAAAAGGGCCUUUAUUUUGCCUCGCAUCAUCUUAGAUUACAAACUUAAAAUUAGGAAACAUGAAAUGUAAUGUAAUCAAGUAAAAAAAGACUUCCCAUGGUUAUCUACAACAACAGCAGAAAGUGUGUGUGUGUGUGUGUGUGUGUGUGUGUGUGUGUGUGUGUGUGUGUGUGUGUGUGUGUGUGUGUGUGUGUGUGUGUGUGUGUCAGCUCGCACAGUACCUUGUCUGCUUUAUAAUUGAGUCCAUGCACUACACCCCAGCUCUGUCCAAAGUCAACUUACCAUUCUUUGGCUUCUCUGCUAUCUUCAUUCUGUCAAUAUUCCAGUAUAAACACAGACACAGAUGCUCAUAUAUCUGCUCUCCCCCGAUAUAUCAACUGGAAGACUCUUUGUAUUGCUUGGGACAGUGAGAGGGGCAGGAAAUGUUUGAAAUAUAUUCAACAUGUUUGUUACACAACUUUCCCUUUUUACUUAGGGAAGCUUGUUUUUUUUUUUUUUAUUAUAGUUUUAUGUUUGUCAAUUAUGUCAAUUACGUGUUUGUGUUUGCCAGAAAAGCAAUGCUGAGAAAAAGAACAGUAUUAAAAAUAUGUAAUGUUAAA